AUCUGCAAUGGUCCUUGUCCAUUAUUUUCAGCAAAGGUAUACUAUACCUGAUGAAUGUGAAACUUGGGUGCUGGAUACCAUUCAUGCAUCUUGGAGAUGCCGAAAAAGUAGAAUUAAGGAGGCACAUUACAAAGCAUAUCCAACUGAUGAAGAAAGGCUUGAACAUAGGCCCGAUGAUAUUCCACUGGAGAUUUCAAAAUGCUCCUCGCAUAUUGGAAUGACGAGAGUAUUCAGUAUAAAGCAAGAAAAAAUGCAAGAAGUCGUAGCAAAUAUGCGGAGACGCACACUGCAGGUCCAAGGAGUUUGGCACAAAUUCGAAAUGAAAUGAUAAAGGAGGCUGAUGGUACUGCACCAUCGGAUGCAGAAGUUUUUGUCAAAACUCGCAAGCGAAAUCCUGGCCGCGAGUACAAGACUGAUACCAAAAAAAUCUCAGAGAAAGUUGACGAUAUCGAAAAACAAAUCAAAAUAUCAGGAGAUGGCACUGAUGAGCUACUACUUUCUGGUGGCAAGAAGCAUGGGAAGACUUGGCUUUACGGGAGGUGUCCAAAUGCAGCCAAAGUCCCUCGCAGUACAAGUUCAAGGAAUAGUUACGUGGAAGACCUGGCAUGUAAGAUCAAGGAAAGUUUGGCCGAUGAUGUCAAGGAAUCAGUGAGCAAGCAAGUCCAAGAAGAAGUGGAUGCUCAAGUAAACAAGAAGGUCCAACAAAACUUGACCUUGGCGCUUAAAAAAAUUGCGGAGGCAAACCCAGGCAUCAAAAUUAAUAUGGAGGAUUUUUGUCCACCAGCUUCGAGUGAUGAUGAAAAUGGUACGCCUAUAACUGGCGGUGGUAGCUGCUAGGUUCUCCAUGUUGUCUCCAUCUCCAGUAGUAAUAGUAUUAACCUAUUUCCUGCUUUUGGGUAUAUUUUGGUCAUCAACUAGUUGGUAAAUUAAGGAUUUGGUCAUUUCUUUUGUUUUAGUUUGCUGAAUUGUGAAUUGUGCAUUUGGUUGGAGUUGGUGAAUUGUGGAUUUGGUUGGAGUUGGUAGCUGCUUGGAUUUGGUUGAACUUGUGUAGCUAUUUUGGUUUGUAGAUGUUGAAUUGGUUGGAUUUAUUAUGAAUUUUAAUA